AUGUCUACGAAAGAUUUGGCACUGCGUAUUUGGGGAAUCAAUUGUUUGGGUCAUCCUAAGGAAGUCUGUCGUUUUGUAUCAAAUCAGGGACAUCCCACAUUUCCUGAAAUAUUGCGUAAUGCGAGAAACGUAUUUAAAUCGAAAACAAAUGAUGCCAAAACAACGGAAUGCGUGUUGUCUCUGACGCUUCACUCCAUUCUUGUUCCGAUCGUUCCCUCUGUAGAUUGCAAGAAGCUGAUUUCCGCUCGUUAUACUUUCGACACAAAAGCAGCUCUGUAUCGAUUGCGGUUAGGCGCUUUCAUUCAAUAUGUCCGAGAAGAGCUGGGUGAUGAAUGCGCCUGCAUCAUUACUGAAUUUGGAAUCCGCGGAGCCGCCACCCUGGAAGACAUUAUCAACAGCAUCACCCAAAACUACCCAGGCAGCUUCCUCGUCUUCCUUUUACCCCCAGACCAAUUCACCAUCGGUUCUCUGCAGCGUGCCAUCGACAUGCUGAUCGCUCGCAACCUGGUCUGCCAGAAGAAGGACAUCGCGACCUACGCGCGCGAGCAGGACGCCGAGCUCACCGCGCAGUCCGUCACCAGCCGCCCCACACGCGGCCGCGGCGGGAAGUCUGCGCGAGGCGGCCGUGGAGGGAAAGUGAACCGCGCCGCGGCGCUGGCGGGAGAAAAAGAGUGGAAAGAUCUGGACCGUCCGGUGGUGAAACGACGCGGAAAAACGCUGGGCGACUGCCUGGAAUUGCCGGGGAAGAAGAGCAAGGACGAGUGGAAACGAGGAAACGGGGUAACGCGUAGGCCGGCACCGAAGGAAGCGCUGUCGGCGGUGGACAGCGAGCGGAAAUCGAUGCUGUUCUGCGUGAACAUCGAGCGAUACACGUGCAUUCUGCAGCAGCAGCUGAUCCUGCAGUACGUGGAGGAGCGCCUGAACGCGACGUCGCGGAAGGUGCUGGAGAGCAUUUUCACGGUGGUGGGGAUCGCUCCGCACGCGCGCACCGAAUCCUCGGCGAUGUUCUCGGGGCAGCAGGCCUUCUCGCGACUCCAAAGCGAGGUGGAGACCACGUGGACGCUCUUCUUGAAGCACCUGGCCGCGCUGGCGUCGCCGCGAGUGAGCUGUCUGAGCGUCGUCACGCCGUGCGACUCGGCGCUGGACGCGACGGGCGGCGAGUACCGCGUGAACUACAAGGGCGUCAUGCAGCUGAUCGUGGAGGACACGAUCGCAGCGUUCGUGGAGGUGGGCAAUGCCGAGGAAGGAACUGAGCGGGAGCAGCGCGUGUGCGCGAGCAUCAUCCGCGCGCUGAUCAAGCAUAAGAAGCUGGACGAGCAGGAGAUCGCGAAUAUUUGUAUGCUGCCCGAGAAAAUCUGCCGAUCGUCGGUGCUGGCGCUGCUGAAUGAUCGGUUCAUUUGCACGCAGGAAGUGCCGAGGAAGCCGGAUCAUAGCACGCAGACCACGAUUUACUUGUUCACGAUGAAUUUGGAGUAUACGGUGAAGAAUAUUAUCGACUUCAUUUACGUCAUUAUUUUGAAUUUACGAUCGCGACAGAAGGUGGUGGUUAUGAAGCAUGCGGUGAGGGCUGGAGCGAAGGAUGACAAGUAG